GCCCGCGGGAGGGGCCGAUAGAAAAUGGCGAGUCUGUGCAGAAGGCAGCAAUGUACGAUCGAGAGGCGCGGCUUUCGGCAGGAACUUGACUCGUGGCGGCAUAAACUCAUUCACUGUGUAGGGUUUGAAAGCAUUUUGGAGGGGCUGUUUGGACCAGGACUCGUAAAAGAUCUUACCCUCUUUCAAGAUUGUGAGCCAGAGGGUGUGUCAGAUUGGUCAUUUAAUGAAAAUUGUCUCUUUUGCUGCUUAAGACGUGAAAAAGUGAAGGAAAAUUUGGUUGGUUUGAACAACCAAGUGUUAUCAGAAGCGGACAGCUUCAAGCAAGAGCAGUCCAAUAUUAACAAACUUGAGAAGCAAGCAGAGGAUUUCCUCAAUGUUGUCUUCUAUAGAAAGGACCUCCCAAGAUUCACAGACCCCCACAUUCCUCUAGUGGCUCGUGAGAUCAUGCAGCGAAUGAUCCGACAGUUUGCUGCCGAAUAUACCUCAAAAACCAGCUCAACUCAGGACGUACCCCAACCCCAGUCCCAGCCCAACGGCACCAAGGACCAAAGCCUGCCGAAAGCGCCCUCGCUGGACCCGGACGCCUCCACACCUGCUCCCGUCUGUGGCGGCACCGGUACCGGCACCGCUGCCUCCGCACAGAAUCCCGUCCUCAGCAAGCUUCUCAUGGCAGACCAGGACUCCCCACUGGACCUUACCGUCAAGAAACCAGAGACAGAACCCAGUGAACAAGAUGGAGUCCUUGACCUCUCAACUAAGAAGAACCAUAGUCAUGGUAGUGUCUCAAUGAAAAGCUCUCAUGGUUUCUCAAUCAUGCCCACAGUUAAGGGGCGUUCCCAGAGAGCUGAUCACAACUAUCGAGAUGUGGACGAUGAGGAUGGCUUGCCACCGAGAAGCUUGCAUGAUGGGAUAAGGGAGAAUUGUAUUGGUUCUGGAACCCUCAAGCCACCGUUGGCCCGCUCGCUCCUCAUAAAAGAGGAACUCCUGAACCAGAAACAUCGCCUUCUUAGCCAACCCACACCUCUUUCUUUGGCUAGCCUAGAGUCUGUGGGUCUCCUCAACAGCCAAGCCCAGUCCCUUCUUUCACGUGAUGGAACAUGGGGAAAAUCCCAUCUAGACGGCCUCCUGAAGCUCAAACAAAUUGGUGGCAAUCUUAGUGACCUAAAUGACCUGCCUCUUUUCCAGGAGAACCAAGGCCUGUUCACCAAGGGUACAAAGUCCCAUGACACUGGUUCCAUCACAGUAAAGAAAGAACCAGGACAUUCCCCUCCAGUGGACUUGAAGAUUCCACAAGUCAGAGGCAUGGACCUGUCUUGGGACUCCCAUGGAAACGCCUCGGAUCUCUAUAGUUACAGCUCUAUAGCUAUGGGCAACGUGCACUCUGAGAAUGCGCUCAGUAGGAAGCUGAGGGCCAUUUUGCCAAAGCAGAGUCGCAGGGCCGCUCUCGGAGGCCUUCUCGAUGGAGGAGCAGUGGGCGAGUACUGGGGGGCAGACCUCGAACAGCCAACAUUGGGACCCCAGUACCCAACAUCAGAUCCAGAGGCAGACCCAACAGGCUCCAAACAACCCCGAAAGAAAAGGGGACGAUAUCGCCAGUACAACAGCGAGAUUCUAGAAGAAGCCAUUGCUGUGGUGAUGAGUGGGAAGAUGAGCGUUUCAAAGGCGCAAAACAUAUAUGGUAUUCCCCACAGUACCUUGGAGUACAAGGUAAAAGAGAGGAUGGGCACACUGAAGAACCCACCAAAGAAAAAGCUUAAACUGAUGAUGAGGGCAGAAGGGCAAGACUCUGGGAUCGCUGCCGAAACCGAAUCCACGUCAACGCCCGCCACCACACCCAUCGCAACGCAAGUGGAUGUCUUGCAGGGGACAGGAGACAAAGUCGAGUAGAUUACACAGAACACCUCAUAAAAUGGAAAAAAGUUUUAGAUUCUGACAAACAAAAAAAUGAAGAUUUGGAGUUGAGGAUGGGGCUUUAAUUGUGCCAAUUUACUUGCAGUAUCUGGGUGAGCACAACUGCAGGGAUUGAUGGGAGGAUAUAAGCCUGAUAACUGGGGAUAAGAAAAAAAUUGGCAGUUAUCAGUGGUCACAUUGACACUGCAAGCAUUUGCUGAAAUUUUUUACAACAAAGCAACAAAUGCGUUAUAAAGCCAUAAGAGAGUAUCGACAGAGAGACAUUUUAUUAAAAACAAAAAGCAAGCAGAUUAACUCUUUGUUCGCCCCCUUCAUCUGAACUUUGCGAGCUGCUCCAUUAAUGUUCAUGCGUUUUGGACGGCAUGCCAUUUUGAGAAAUGAGAAGUGGGGUUUGAAGGGUUACAUUCAAAGCUGAAAAAUGAAUUUAUCUCCUCUGAUUGGUAGGUUUAUGAAGUAAUUCAUGAUCUUUAAAACUAAUUUAUUUCAAAUGGAGUUGACAAGGAUUCUCACCAGGAAUCAAUCCUAGGCCCGUUUUUCUAUUGACAGGUAAAAACAAUUGCUUUCAACUCUUUGUAGUUUCCUCCUUUUAUAUUCUGCACCAUUGAAACAGACUAAGAAUUAGACACGUCCAUUUUAAAAAAUGAAGUUUAAGAUUAGUCAUUCAGGGAUGCAUGUUUGUGAUGUUGAAAAGAUUUUUUUUUUACUUUACUGUAACUAAACUUUUCUUUAACUCUAGCGCUUUCUUUUGCACUACACUUUCAGUCUGGCGCUCGCCAGAGCCUAAAUCUGGCAAUUAGACCUGAUUACCUCGACACUGCUUGCAUUACGCACUUACUGUUCUACAUAAUAAUACUACAUAAUACUCAUUUUACAGUACUCUACUCUUGGUGAGAGCCUCUCUCUUAAAAGGUUUCCAAAACCCAUGAAGGGACAAUGCCGACUUAAACCACACAGGACAGAAACGUGUUUCCGAUUCACAUCUUUCUACUAAAAUUAAUCGAGGGAGGGUGCACGCAGUCAAUUUUUGGCUGUUUCUGUCUGCUCCCUCGUCGCUGCUUAUAGUCAGUCGCUGACGUGUAUAUUUAUAAAAAGAAAAGAAUUUUUCGCAGAGGGUUUUUUUGGGGAGGGUGGAACAUAGGUGGGGGGAAAAUGUAGGUCGGGUUAUGACCAUAUAACCCUGUUAUAUUAUAAAUUUGCGUUCUUUCAGAGAGCCAAUUAUUGUCUCUGAAUAGAUUCUUUUCCUCAUGUAAAACUCAGGGCAACUGAGACAAAUAUAGCGAUCAUGUUUUUAGAGAAACAAUGCAUCUUACCUACUUGAACUGGAACCUGUGACACACUCUCAGUAAAUGAGUUGGGUCAGGGGCAGGGCUUUAUAUCGGGCGUAGGUUGUGUCGAGCUGAGCCAUGGAUUGCAGAUAUCGGUGGGAUGUUAUCAUUUGAAACACCUGGCCAGAUGGAAAUUUUCUGAGAUCUCUCUGAAAAUAGCACUUUGUUUAAAAAUAAAAUCGAAUAUGUUUGGGUGUGUUUUAAAGUAGCUUUUGCAGUAGCAGAUAGCAUAAAGGAGACUUGCAAGAUCAAAGGGGGAGCUUUUCAACGACCCCCGCCGUCCUGCAGCUUAGACCCAAACAUGCUCAUUUUGUUUUGAAAAAAUUACCUCUUCAAUAUACAGUGGUCGACAGCUUGAAUUCUCAGAUUUGUCUAGUGUUGCCUCACUGUUUAUUGUCACAUUGCCCCUUUUCAAAUCUAAACUGUAUCAUCUGAUGUAUAUAAAACCGAAAAAGCGCAUAGAUCUGUGAAGAUUUCAAAGAGAAGGCUUUUGGAAUGGCAUGCUCCACUUUGAUGUUGUUUGAAGGGCAUUCUGGUAUAUCACUGCCUGGUGCUCACCCAGUCUGUGACAAAAAUUAUACUUCAGACUUCAGGGUUUCUGAUGAUGAAACUGACUCUUUGAAAUGUACCUUUUAUUUAUUUUAUUAUUUAAUUUGAAUCAUUUAAGUAAAUGGCAUGCACCAGUUCAGUGGAGGCUGAUUAAUUAUUUGUAAUCUGACACUUUGGCUGGCCAGGUUUUCAUCAAGGUGGACAAAACCAGGAACACUGUCCUGGGCUCACCCUUACAAUUUUGUACCGGGCCCAGUGAAUUCAAGUAAUUUCCCACCUUAUAUUAGGCUUGAAUAUAUUGGACAAUUUCCUACAACACUAUAGUUGUAAGUAUGGUGGUCAUUUUAUUUCAAUUAUCUUAUCAAAAAUUAUUUUAGUUUUGUUAGCUUUGUUUAAUGAAUUUGCAUUGCCAUUAUAGCCAUGUGUGGAGACACUACUGAAAUUAGUAGGAAUCUUGAUAAUUUUUAUCAAUACUACAUACAAUAGUAAACUAUUGACGUCUUUAUAUAUAUAUAGUUCAGUUUAUAAAUUAUGAUCUGUACUUCUACAAUUAUGAAGCAAGUCUAAGGGAAGUUAACUAAGUUAGAAUUCAUACUUAUAGCUUUACAGUGUAAAUCCCUUUAGGUCAUGUGGCAUCAAAUGCACCAACACUUUACCAAUGCUGAGCGUUUAAAGUGUCUAAUUAGAAUUUAGUUUGGUCCUUAAUCAAUUAGGUUAUUUAUUAAUCAAUGUGAUGUAAAAUAAUACUCAUUUUUGCUUGACCCUUGCCAUUUAAACAUUUUCUUAACAAGAAAAUAUCUAAAAAUCUGUAAAUCAAGACAUGUUUUCUUGGUUCAGGAGAAUAUUUAAAACCCUUGAAUUAAAUUUUUCUUACCCUACUGGCAAAUUUAUUUUUCUUGUUUUAAGUAUACAUUUUGAUGGAUUCUCCAAUAAAAUCGCUUCAAAGUUUUACUGGAAAACAAAAUAAAAUAUUACUUUGCAGUGCAACUAGUAAAUUAUAAUUAGUAGACCAGUAGCUACAACUAGAUUGUUAGUACUACUAGUACGAACAGAUUCUAUUAUAAUUGAAUAUUUGCCCUUAUAAUUGGCACUUAUGAAUUAUUGCACUGAUGGCCAUGAAUGGAAGUUGUUUUGCAGCACUUAAAUAUUUGGCUCCUUUGAAGGGAAACCUCCCUAUUGUUAAUCUAGAAAGUUUUGAACUUUCACAUUGCUACUGUACAUUCUGCAACAUAAUUUAUCAUCAGCUGUCUGAUUCACAAUGGUGCAUGCCAUUUCAACAUAUUUAUUUAAUUUGACUUCAAUGAUUAAUGUAUUACAGGGUUAACUGCUCCCCCUGUCCAAAAACAUCCUCCUCUUAAAGAAAUUAAACCGUCUUUACAGAAAUGAAUGUAGAACCAUUUCGGAAUAAUUUCUGAAACUAGUUGUUUAGAAAAUAUGGCACUUUCACAUUUCAUACUUUGAACAGACUGUUUUAGUUUUUCUCUUGCUGCUCGUUUCAAUAUUUUUUUUAUUAUUUUUGUUUGUUUUGUUUGCGUUUCUCUGAAACGUACACCUGUAGCCUUCAGUACUUUCGUAUCUCAGGAUAGAUUCAGCAGAAGGGUUCGCAAUAUUUGUCAGUCGGAUAACGAUGCAGACAUAACUACCUGUACAAGAAGUGCAUAGACAUGUUAUAUUAACUACAAUCUUUGCACAAUAUACCUCAUCCUUGGGAAUAAAUGCACCUUUCUGUGCCACAUCCUUAAAUACCAUUCAGGGGCACAUGGAAAAGGAGCAGUUGAAACUCUGGGAAAUUAAUUUUAUUUUCCUGUUGCACCCUCUUUUUUGUCUUCUAUUAGAGGGACGGCAAGCGAGGCAUUUCAUGUCUGACUGACCAAUAUUUACACCCUUUUCAUUCAGGUACAGAAAAACGAAUUUUUUGAAUACAAUCAAAAAUUUCGCUUAACAUUUCACAUCUUGCCAAUAACGGGUCCCAUCCUUUAAGUUAACUAAUGUUGAUCGCCAAGGCAAACAUCAAUGGAUAAUGUAAGACACAAUCCCUUUUUCCUGUACUCUGAAUAGCGGUUUAACCAUCAGGUUUAAUCGGCAUGGGUGUUUUUGUGAAAAACACAAAUGGAGGUUCGAAGGGGAGAAUAUGGGACAGGUGGAAAUGUUAACCUUCUGUUGUUUUUGUGCUCUUUGUAAACUUGUUUUUAAACUGCAUUCCAAAAAUUUCAAGAGAUACCUUUAUAUGGAAGAAAAAUCUAUACAUAUACAAAUGAAUAUAUUAUAUUUAUUUUACUGUUAAUCUUUUUAUUUGUCUUUUUUUCUGCUACACAAAGAAAUGGAAAUCGACGCUGACAGCUACAACCUCAGUUUCUGUACCAUAUGAAGUGCCAUUUGUUUUGUCUCAAGUGGCUCAUAAUGAUUUAUUUUCUGAAAAGAUGCUCAGAUAGCCUUUUUUUUUUUCUUUGACAAGUUUUUAACCUCCACUGCAUAUCCACAUAACAGCAUUACCUCAGGUGAGAUCUCUACAGAGCAGCUGAUUCUACAUUUAGUUGUAGAAAUCAGGACCUGUACUUGACUUUUACACGUUUCCAAAAACGCAACUAUUACUUUUCAAGGAAGCAGUUUAUAAAUAACGCUAGUCGCAUUUUUGUUUUCCUCCGGUGUAUUUUAAAAUUGAAUGCUUUGCUUAACUGAACCAUGGGUCUUUUGAACCAUGGGAACUUUAUUGAUGUUAGCACACAUUCAAAUCAAUAGGGCACACAUUUGUACUCCACAAGUAAUACACACUCCAGACUCUCACAUGCACACAAAACACCAUCAGGUCUACAUCACAUGGGUGGUUAUACAGUUUUAAGCUAUUGGUUUGAUAACUCUUCAAGUUAAACUAGUCGGUUGUGACAUUAGAAAGAAUCUGAAAAGGCAAAUAUGGACACAUAGGCACUCCAAAUUUGAUGUCUUAUUAUGUCUGAUUAAAUGUGUCUUUACAACUGCAAUUUAAAUACAUAUUAGACAUUUUUUGUUGUUGUUGUUGUUUUGUGUUUUUUUUCUUAUAUGCAUUUUAUAAUUUUUGUUCAAACCAUUAGUUAAGCCCAGAAUUGUUGUCAUGUUGCGAUUCCUUCAAGUUUAACUUUUGUUUUCUAUUGAUUUUGGCAAAAUUAAAAUGAAUAGGCACACCUUUAUUCAACAUAACACAUCUUUUUUUGAAAUUGAAAGAAACAAAUUGUUGGCAAAAAUUUUAGUCCAAUUUAAUUAUGAAUAUCCAUUGUACUGUCAAUCUAUGCACUUGAGAGUUACUUGCACCAUGUGAUUUAUAUCAAGUAGUUUUAGGGGCCAUUUCGUUCUUCAUUGACAAUUUAUUAGUAUUAUAUUAAGUAAAUAAUUGAAUAUUUAAUUAGAUUUGGAUUAGCAAUAUAGCUUAAAAUAGCUGUUGUCAUGGUACAGCUUGCAGCACACGCCAUGGUAAAAGACAUGUUUUGAAUGUAACCUCCUAAAGAAACAUGUUACAGAGAAAAAUGAUGAAUAUGCACAAACAGUUCAGCUCAGAAUAGUGAAACUCAGAUAUUUGCGCUUACCAUGAUACUGUAUACAUUAUGCAUUUCAUUGGAAUAUUCAUUUUGGUGUCAUCCGGAGUGCCUGUCUUGCAGUGUUCAAUCGUCACUGAUAACUUGAUAAUUGCAUUCAAUCAUCAUUACACGAUUAAAUGUUGUUUACUAAUUAAUAUAAAUGAUAAUGAGCCGAUAAUACCUAUUGAUAAUUGGUAACAACAAUCAAAAAUCAUUAACCAAGGCGACUUACAAUCUAUAUAUUCAUUUUCUUAUACCGAAUUGAAUCAAUGUCGUCUUAAUUACUUUAAUGCAAUUAAAAAUAAAUGCAUGACCUUUUAUUUAUAGGUGACGUGUGUCAUUUCUGGGCCACUAGCGCAAUUGCAAAAAUAAAUAAAUGGUUGGUUUUAAACAUGUUCAGAACACUCCUUUGGUUCGUCAUUAGUCCAAAAAAACGGAUAACCCCACCCUCAACUCACUCUAUUGGUUAAGCCAAUGUUGCUAUGCUAGGCUGGUCAAAUGCUCAUACAAACAGAUCAAUGUUUUGAAAAUGCACCACAGUGCUUUUUAGGGGAAUCCACUCUAGUCGACAUGAAACAGGGACAGAAGAAAUUAUUUUAACAUAAAAAAAAUAUACACUUCAUCUUUAAAAUGAGAUGUUCCUGCAUAGGUUUAAGUGAAACUGUGAAUUAUAUGGAACAGAGCCAUGAAAAUUCAACACCAGACCACUACCUCUACUGUCUCCACAAUGAAACAUUAGUAUGGAUGACAAUGAAGUCGUUGUUCUUAAGACGCUCAAUGCUAGCUCAGUGAGAGGUCAAGUAGAGCUGUGAAAACGCAAAUGAGAGCAAAAAUGGGCUUGAUCAAAUAGUCAGCGUUCUUCUAGACGAGAACUUGAGAGAAUUUGGCUGUGAAAGGGCUGCCCUUGUGUUGCCAUGACAAUCUUGCAAGAUCAUUCACAAGUAAAGGUGUGCCUAUUCUAAUUCCUAUUUUCCUUUAGGCAGAAUCCACAUUCUUUUCUAUUCUUUUAUUUUAUUUAAAAUCUGGAUUGUGCAUUCUCAGUAUUUUAUGUGAUUUUUACCAUAGUGUCUACAUUAAAAUAUAGGCCAGAUUUUUCUUUCUUUUGUAAUUUUUCUAUAUAAUUUGGCAGGACACAAAUGAAGAGAAUAUUAGAUUGAAACGUGUUGGGAGUUAUGAUAUUUCCAAAAAAGAGUCUUUCUUUGUGUAAUUUGUGUUGAUCUUGUUGGCAUUGCAUGGAAUUUCAUGCCUGAAUCUGCUCUUGACCAUUAAUUUCAUCCAUGACUGUUUCAACCCUGCAGUCCAUUGAGUUCUGCGGGAUUAGGAUUAUUAGUUUUGCUACCUCAACUUGCAGAUGAUUUUGACAUAGGAGUCCUUUGGUAGUAAAGCAAAAAUGACUUGUAUCUUGAGGGACAGACUGUCCCUAAAGGCUUUUUUUCGAUCAGGUUGUGGAAAACGUGUUGGCAGUUUGAUCGGCUUACCUGCCGUACUGUAUGUAGCAUUUCAGAUGCACGGAUAACACUGGCUCGUCAUUCCAAAAGUCACGGUCCUGUUCUGUCGGAAAGCAGUUAUACAUUCCGCAUGCACAUGUGUACCUAAUAAACCACAUUUUUGAUAGAGGUAAUGGUUCUUUUUGGACCAAAAGGUCCUACGUUAUGCAUCUUAACUGCUUCUAAGAUCAGUGUUUGGGAAGAAUAUCAGGUUGACCGAUCACCUCUGAAGUUGGGAAUGCGUUGUUAUGUGUAUUUCCUUAAGAAUCUAGUAUAGUCAUUCCAUACCAUAUGAAUUUGUGCCCUUGAAAUUCAAGCCAAAUGCAGUCUAUGGGCAGUAUCUUUGUUUGCAAUCGCAUUUGCAUUCAUGCGUUGAUGGCUCGCAUCUUAUCUGUAGACGGGGUGCUGUGCUGCACUUUUUUGGGGUUUUUCCAUGUAUGGAGUCGAAGCUUUAUGGAGCAAAAAUGCCUUUUGCUAUCUGUUCAGCUGUGUUCAUAUUUCCAAGUACUUUUUAAAGUUUCGUAAAAAUUUUCAGAGUCUUAAUGUUGUAAAGGUUUGGCGUUCAGUGUAGUAUGAUGAUUGGAUCCCUUCUCCCGUACCCCCUCAGGUUAAUGCAAGAGAGUUGAAUGAUUAGGCUCAGCUAAAGAUUGAUACAUUUUCUAUAUUUCUUAAUACUAUUGAUAUUGUCAUUACUUUAAAACUUUUAUCAAAAACGCUUGCCUUUAUGUUAUAUUUCUUUCACCAGUAUCGAAAAGUUACCCCCCUUAAUACAGACUCCCACUAGUAUAGUGGUCCAAAAUAUGUUUUUGGUUUGAUUUUUAUUUUGCAAUACGAAACUAUUUGAUUGGGAAGGCAAUACUCGUGAUUUAAGUCCCCUUGAAAGUGAGUUUGUUGUCGCAGGCCCAAGCAAGCAACUCAACGUCCUUAUCAGACCGCCUUUUGCAUUUGAAAAGAUUCAGCCAAAUAUCCUUAGUUCAGUGCUUUAUAAACAGAGAGGAUUGUAAAGUACGAAUUACCUGGGGAAACAAAAAAAUGGAUGCUCUAACUUUCGUUCGGUCCCUCAAGAACCACAAGGCCACAAAGACUAUUUUGUUUCUGAUGUCUGUACAAUGUGUGAUGAUGUUUCAACUAAAAGAAAAAAACCUUACAACGCAGAAUACCUCAGAUAAUAAAUCCAUGUAAAUCUUGACAGCCUCCACAUGUAGAUAGAAACCUGUUCACUGCCUCCCCACCUCUCGUCUGUUGGACGUUUCUUCUUCUAUCGUUUCACUGCCUGUUAUAUGUUGUGGAGGUUUCAUUACUUUCUAUUCAUGUCUGUUUUUUUAUGUCCCAGGAACAAAUUAUCCGUUACUUCAUUUAUCUGUGUGCUUGAGAACGUUAGGUGGCAUUCACACUGACAGCACUUUGCAAGUUCCUUGUUUUCCACUGUUGAUGAUGCAACAAAGUUGAGCUAUUCAGCUUUAUGCAAAUGCGUAGUGAUGUGGUGACAACCAAUGGGAGUCUAGACUGUGAUUUGUCACCUGAUUCAGUUGGAUACUGUGGUUGAGUAGGAUCGUCUUCUAGCAACCAACAGUACAGCGACCGUGUGACCUACAGCGUUUUCAUCAAUGACAGUGUGAAUGCCAUUUUAGGAAGGGAAGACAUUGCUUCAGUAGUAGAUACUCCAUUUCAAAGUAACAGUAAUAAUCAGACAUUUUUGGUAAAGUACCAUGUUUCUUGCAGAUUUUGGUCUAGUUCGUGUAACGUAAAUUAGGUUUUGGCUCCAAGUGUGGCCAGCCAAAAUCGAUCAGACUUUUAAGUGAUAAAGUGGGCUUUGUCUUCUUUUAGGGGUAUUUUGUUAAGCAUAAGCCAUAGUUUACGCAUUUGUCGAACGUAAUUUCAUCAUUCAUUUUCGUUAUCAGCUAAACUGAAUGUAGGGGGAAAAAUAAUAAAAAACUGAAUCUCUUAACUAACUUUUUAUGUACCUAUACAUACUUUAGGACAAGCUAUAGAUUAUUAUAUUAAUGUGUUCUUAAAUAUAUAUAUAUAUAUAUAUAUAUAUAUAUACACUCAACAGUCACAGUGCAUUGUAUAUAAUGUUCUGUAUAGUUAUAUACUUAUCUUCUGGAAAGAGAUGUAUAUCUCUUCCUCAUUUGAUUCAGGGAACAAACAUUUCAGUGCAGUAUAUUUAGACUCCAGUAUACGGCAUUUGUAUAGUUCGUUUUCAUUUGCUCAAAUGUUUCUUUUUUUCAUUCACAUACUGGAAUGGUAGUUAGUCUUGAAGUGAGCUAAACAAAAAAAAAAGUUACUGUAAAAGUUAUUGUAAGGCAUCUAACGCUGCAGUCGUGCAGACAGUUGUUUUUCCACAAUACUGUACAAACAGAAUAUAUAUUAAGAGGAAACGCAAACUUUUUAAGGUGGAUGUGUAUAUAAUCUCGUACCCAUUUCGCGAUUAAAAAAUUUUUUUUUUCCAUUUUGUUUGAAAAACAAGAGUGAUUUUAAAGUAUUUAUUGCGACAUCAUUUGGUGAUGUAAAUUAAUUUUCCCCGUGAAAAAAAAAAAAAAUGAUCACAAGCCAGGUUUUACGAUAUUGCUUGUUAUUUUUGCUUGCUAAUUGUACAUGGAAUUUAAGUUUAGAAGUCGGAUGGUUAAAAUCAUUUGUGAACACUGGAUCUCUAUCGGACGAUGUCCUAAAAUCAUCCUUAUUCGUUACGAUGAGGAAAUGCGCCCUGGGUGUGCUUUGCUGCAAUUGCUUUUUCUUAAUGAUAUGGAUGUUUAUUACUAUUAUAAUUUCUUGUGCGAAGUGAAACGUCUCCGUGGCUGUGAGCUGGUUCUGUAUGAGUGUGUGGAAUUGCUUGAGAUUUUUAUUUUUUGCUUUUUUGCUCAUGCAUUUUGUGGAUAAACCAUUUCUUAUACACUUAAAUCAUGCGAUUUCUGAAAAGACAAGCCUGAAAAGACAAGAAGUUGUUUUCUUGAUCAUAUGUGAAAAGAUAGAAAAAACGUUCCUUAAACCAUUUCUCUAUUUAUCUUAAAUCCUAUUAUUAAGCCACAACUACGAAUCCCUCAGGGACAAACGACACUGAUUCAAUCUAUUCAGGUACUUUCUCUAGAUUCUGCGGCCUAGCUGUUAAAAUAUUACAAAAAAAAAAAAAAAAAGUACAUAUUUUUGAAAAAAUUGAGCAAAAGAAGAUGGUCGAUCAUGACGAGAGUCAUUUUUAACCCGUUGUCGCUUAAUUUAUUUUCCUUUGUCCUUUUUAGUUUUUGUAUUCUUUGUAUCCAGACUUAAGUACAAUAUACUAAAUGAAUGUCAAGCUGAAACUUCAGGUGAAGAGCAACACUCAGCCAGACAGUGCUUUUCAUUACAAUUUCCUCUGCACACACUGUGCCUCAAAAGCCUGAAGACAAUAGAACACUAUAGCGACAAACACUACAUCAGGCCCCUCAAUGAUAGUGGUUGACCGGUCUCAGCACUCCUAUACAGAUGUACCUCUACAGCGCCAGGCCUAAUCUUUCACAUUUGCAGUCAGUAAUUGAUAGUUUCUGUCUCUGCUUUUAGCAUGUAAGUAUUUCAGCAAAGAAACUGCCUAAAGAAACUGCCUCUCAAUAUGUGAAUGGUUAUAUGUUGUGAUCUAAUUUUCAUUUGUGCUAUUUUUGAGCUUUUAGGUGCCUACUAUUAUUGUUAAGAAAAGCUCAGAUACUUCACAAAGGAUGUAUGUAUGAACUGGCUGUUUUACUGAUUUUAGUCUAUAAAGAUUAUUAGAAAGACGAGCACAGGAAUGAUGUAAAUUAAACCUACGUAAUUUUUGCGCAGAGUUAGUGUGAAAAAUAAGGGCAGCAUUUACUCCCUAGUCUUGGUGUUGAGUUUGUUGUAAUUUCCUUCAGAUUUGCAGCUCUUGAAACAUUCCUGUUGUUCAUGUCAUCAUGGGUUUUAGUUUGUGAUGCCUGAUAAUGGGCAGUGGGUUUGUUGUUUUCCACACAUGGGCUUGGAUUCAAAAGUUCAGGCUUGAUUUAAGGCAAAAAAAAUGAAAUACUUACAUGUUAACUCUUUUAAUACGAGACGAAAUGGGUUUUUAAAACGUGCAGGUUUGCUGGUGUGGGAUAAGGUGCUGCUUUUUCUGAAUCUUCUCUGUUUUCGAUAUACCUCAGACCAUCUAGAUCGAAACGAAUGCUUUUUACGAAAUGGCAUCUUGCCCUGUAACACACUGGUUCCUCCGAGUCAGUCCAAGACAGGAAGACAGGCGCUCCAAAACUGGAAUAGACCUCAUUUCAAUAUAUACUGUUUACUCUUUGACAAAAACAUUGUAUAGUUUAAUAUUUUCUUGUACUGUAGAUUUAUUUAUGUAUAUUAAUUUGUUCUUUUUUUGUACUGUGUGUUUGACUUUUAUUCUAGACUAUUAUCGAUGUCCGUGUUAGAGCACUUACGAGGAUCACAAUUAUUUUUGUUUGAUUGCACUAUUUGUUUUGGGUUUGUUUGUUUUGUUUUCUGUUUGAAUGCAAAUUCUUAUUUUUAAGCUGGGCUAAUGAAUAAUAAGCUGUCUCCUAAUGUAUGUGAUUUUUAAAAAAAAAAAAAAAAAAUUAAAAGGAAAAAAACUGAUUAGAUUUUCUGUGAUCUAAUUUAAAAACAAACAAAAAAAGUUUUCUCUUUCUUUUUAUUUGCAUUGACCGUGAAGCAAAAUGCUGAUUAGAUCCGUCUUUGUGCAUGUGUGGAGUUUUACUGGUUAUAUUUUACCCAUUAGGAAAAAAAUGCCAUUUUUCAACACAUUUUAAUUGUAACAUUGUGCAAGUUAGUAUUCACUGGAUGCUAGAACCUUCUUAUGAAAACCACUAUUCUUCUAAUAAAUUUUUGUUGUGAAAA